UUCCAAGAUGGCGGGUUGUGAUGGACGCUUUGUAGGCUUUCUUGUCUUCAUUAGUUCGUUGACACACUUUCCAGGCAUGACGUGCUCAGAAUACAACAGGUUAAAAGUGUACGAGUCCAGUACACUGAAGGAGAAAGUUGAGCUGUCUAGACAUCACCCCCUGUGUAUUGUGUUCAGGAAAACAGAUGAAGAUACACGACUCGAGGAUAUCGUCAGAUCUUUAGUUGUUAAGGAAGAAAACGGAGGAGGAGAAAAGUUCAAAAAGUGGCGGUUUGGUUCUUUUUCAUUUCAGAAGAUCACUCUUCCCCCUGUACGGAGACCUGCAUCUUUCCCAACACUGAGAUGUUACACUGGGAAACACACAUAUCAGGAGUUCAGUGGGAAACACUCAACAAAGGUUGUGUCCAAGUGGCUGGACAAACUGGUGUUGAAGCAGGCCAAGUACCUGGAAGAUGCAACCAUUUUGGCCGUGGAGCAUGCACAGGAGUAUUUCAACACAGUUCUCAUUGCCUUCCCCAACACUGCUCAACAUGCCCAAAUAGAGGAUAUCACUUUCAAAGAAAAAGAGAAGUUGUCUAGUGCCAAGGCAUUCAUUGUACAUGAAGAUGCUAGAGAUUUAAAACUUUUUAAAGACAAAUUCAAUAUAAAAACAUUACCUGCUGUGGUUGUCCUACAUAAGGAUGAUGUAAAUGACACGAGUCCAGCUACUAUCAAAGUGUUGUCAGGAGUGGCCGCCAAUCGACAAACCUUGGCCGUGUAUCUCUUGACUAGAAACAUUGGUGUCCCCCACUAUGACAUGGCCAGAUUUCAGUCAGAAAUGGUCAGUAACAUAAGGAACUUUGUGCCAACACUGGUUGUGUUCUACUCAAGCUUCGUGAACCAUACCCAACUUUAUCUGCGUCUGCUCCGAAACAGUGUAGAGGAGUUCGGAGACAUGGGAGUGCAUAUUAGAUUUGGACUUGUCAACAUAGAGGAGACAGACAUAAACAAAAUCUUAUUCAGAUGGGUUGAUCCAACAUUUUCCUUGUCAUUUCCUAUGGCUGUUUUAUACUAUCUGGAUAACUCUGGUAAUAUUACUCAGAUAAAAGUAUCAGAGAAGAGGCUUACUCCCUUAAACUUACACCAGAUCCUCAGUGAGACUGUGGGUUUUGUGGAUGGUGAGGGACAGGAGAUACCAUACAAUCCACUUCAGUGCUAUAACCCACUGGAGGUUUCCGAUUUGUUUGAGGGACCACUGGGAACAAGAUGUUCUCAACAAUUUCAUAACUUAACAGACAACGAUCCAGUAAAAGUAAAACCUGUCAAACCCAAGAGGAAGAUUGUGACAGAGCAGAAAAAGGAAGAGAUUAAACUUUGGCAUGAUAUGUUUGGAACAGAGACAGUCAAUAAAAAGUUGGACAAGGUGGAAAAUAUCCCCCUGCUGACUGGUCAGUACUGGUCUGAUGUCAUAGAGAAGUCACAUGCUCCUCAGCACCCCAUGCUUGGAGGCAGAGAGUGGGCAGGGGAGGUAACCAAGGUCGCUCUGGUAGUCUUUGUCAUGGCAGAGUGCAGGAGUUGUAGGAACAGUAUGCCUGUUUUUACAAAAUUAGAAAAAUCUGUCAAGUUUAUAGAAGGUGGCUCAAUGUACUUAGUCAACUGUUCAGUGGACCAUUUCCUUUGUAAAAAUCUUGACAUCCGCGGUUACCCAACUGUGACAGCCUUUCGGGGGCUGGGGUGGCUCCACAGCAGUCGCUGCCUUGGAGAUGACAAACUUACCCACUACAGUGACAACUAUGUCCGCCUGGAUUACCAUGGUGUAUUACUGCAUGAUGCAAUAAUGGACUGGUUUGCCAGAGUGUCCACUCCAGCCGUUACUGACAACCUGUUUGACUGGCCAGAUGCUAAGUCAGAUGAUGUGAGUCUGUUUGGUGUUUUGAUGCCCAAGAAGUCUGAUUUCCUUCCCAUCCCGCCCCAAAGGAGUACCGACUAUUAUUAUUCCUACGAGUGUUUCCGGCUGGUGUGUGAACGGCUGUACGGGAAGGUACACUGCCACAGUGUAUACAACAAUGAUAUACCAGCACGCGAGUUUGGUAAUGAUGAUUUGGACGUUAUUGUCUCCAAGGUCAUUCUGAAGAGAAGAGAUGGUGUGAGUGCAGUCAUUAUGAAGCUGGGGACAAGUUUAGAAGAGACAGUGGAAGACGAAUCUGACACCAAUCUACACAAGUUUCACAAACCACAUAGAUACAACCUGAAACCCAACUCAAAGUGUGAACAGGACCAUGUGGCAUGUACAAAUCUCAUCAUGGCCUACACCCUGGACCACUCCAGACUUCCAGUCACCCAUCUCACGUCUGAUCUGUUUCACAUCCAUCCAAGUGAGAAGGCUGAGGACAGUCUACCUGUGAUGAUGGCCCUAGUACACCGACAAAAUGUCACAGAAGACUCACAGUUCUUCAAGGAGCUGACAGCAGUAGCGUAUGAGCUGUAUAAUAACAUGCAGGUGGUCACUGUGGAUGCUGACGAUUAUAAGGGCUGGGCACGGCGAUUUGUACCUGAAGGCUACUCAAUGACAGUGGCUAUGGAUGGUGAGGACCCCCUAGACAUGUAUGUGUAUCCUCGUAUCUGUUUUGUGAGGAGGGAGAAUCACAGACGAGCAGCAUUUUACCCCCCAGUAGGAUCUGACCACAGAGACCAGAGCUGGUUUCUAAAGGAAAAUCUACUGGACUUCGCACAAAAAGUUUUGUCUAAACCUAACAAACAUAUGAUUAGUACAGACCACUUUUAAAUUUUGUAAGUUGUAUUCUUAGAGCUUGGACUGGUCUACAAAUAAUGUUUCCUAUAAAAGUGGCGAUAUUGUGUACAUUUAAUCGCCUACAUAAUUAUGACCAUGCAUUUUGGCUGUCAGAGAAGUUAAAUUUAGAGUAUUUUAUUAUAACAGUAUUAUAUACAAAUUGAAUUGUGUUACAGGCAAAUCUAAAGCUCUUAUUGCUAACAUGUGAAUGUGUAUAUAAGUGUUUGGAACUAAUUUACAAUGUACUUAAAACUUUCCUGUGUCGUAAUAUUUUCAAAAGGCUAUUUAAACGGUGCUUAUUGCGUGGGAGAGUAAAAAAACUGUGCAUGACAUGAAGUUUUAGUGACAUGGAGGCACAGAGAUGUGGAGGCAUGGAGAUUCUUUGAUAUAUACCUGGUACUAAAAUUGAAACAACAAUUAAUACUUUAUUUCUUUUCCCCCAAUUUAUUAAAUGUAUGAUCAUAUACUAUUAUCUUCUUAAUAUGGCAGCUUGAAAUAUGAUUAUUUUCGUUCUGAUAAGUGUAUAUAUCUGCUGGGUAAUGUUGACACUUUAUGAUAAUCAAUAUAACUUAUUCCAUUAUGGUUUUGUAUUAGUAUUGCUAACCUAUCUCAGUAGUGUUCAAUACUUUUAUAUAUUCAAUAUUUGUUCAAUGUGUUUAACUUAUUACCACUAAUUAAUGUAGAUAUGUAUCAACUAGAUGUUGAUGUUUUGAUGUAGUCCCUUAAUGCAUAUUAUCAACUUCCGAUCUUAAAUAACUUAAAUAAUCAAACAAGAUUUAGUGUUCAAUACUUUCAUAUAUUCAAUAUUUGUUCAAUGUGUUUAACUUAUUACCACUAAUUAAUGUAGAUAUGUAUCAACUAGAUGUUGAUGUUUUGAUGUAGUCCCUUAAUGCAUAUUAUCAACUUCCGAUCUUAAAUAACUUAAAUAAUCAAACAAGAUUUAGUGUUCAAUACUUUCAUAUAUUCAAUAUUUGUUCAAUGUGUUUAACUUAUUACCACUAAUUAAUGUAGAUAUGUAUCAACUAGAUGUUGAUGUUUUGAUGUAGUCCCUUAAUGCAUAUUAUCAACUUCCGAUCUUAAAUAACUUAAAUAAUCAAACAAGAUUUAGUGUUCAAUACUUUCAUAUAUUCAAUAUUUGUUCAAUGUGUUUAACUUAUUACCACUAAUUAAUGUAGAUAUGUAUCAACUAGAUGUUGAUGUUUUGAUGUAGUUCCUUAAUGCAUAUUAUCAACUUCCGAUCUUAAAUAACUUAAAUAAUCAAACAAGAUUUAGUGUUCAAUACUUUCAUAUAUUCAAUAUUUGUUCAAUGUGUUUAACUUAUUACCACUAAUUAAUGUAGAUAUGUAUCAACUAGAUGUUGAUGUUUUGAUGUAGUCCCUUAAUGCAUAUUAUCAACUUCCGAUCUAAAAUAACUUAAAUAAUCAAACGAGAUUUAGUGUUCAAUACUUUCAUAUAUUCAAUAUUUGUUCAAUGUGUUUAACUUAUUACCACUAAUUAAUGUAGAUAUGUAUCAACUAGAUGUUGAUGUUUUGAUGUAGUCCCUUAAUGCAUAUUAUCAACUUCCGAUCUUAAAUAUCUAAAUAAUCAAACAAGAUUUAGGGAGGUUUCUUUAAUAAUAUACUAUUGAAUAUAAUAUUUUUCUAUGAAUACUAUCUGUUUUAUGUAUUGAAUGUCAUAUUUUUACUUUGUAUACAUAUAUUUUUUCCAUUAUUAAUUUAUUUACUAAUCUACAGUGAACAUGAUUAUGUGUGUUGUAACAGUAUGUAGUAUAAUUAUAAAUUCACUCCAGUGAACAUCACACUGAUCAUUAUAUUUUACAUGGAGAGCAGGACCUCUCGGAGAGAUUUACUAUAUUUAUAUUCUACUAAGAAACUGGUUUUCUAGAUGUAUUGUUAAUAUUUUUGGCGCACUAUGCAAUAUAUAUAUUUUGUGAUAGAAUUAUCUUUAAUCGUUGAAUUAAGACAAAGAAGAUUGCGAACUGUUGCUGUAGAGCAAUCCGUCCUAAGGUCUCGGCUGGCCCUGUAGAGCAAUCCGUCCUAAGGUCUCGGCUGGCCUUGUAGAGCAAUCCGUCCUAAGGUCUCGGCCGGCCCUGUAGAGCAAUCCGUCCUAAGGUCUCUGUCUGGCCCUGUAGAGUAAUCCGUCCUAAGGCCGCUUAUCGAAAAUCUUAUCCCCGAAAGAUUGCAAAAUCAUUUCAUUUUUCCGAAAUUUUGGCCCCCAGACCCCUCGCCAAAAAAAAAAAAAAAAAAUCGGCUCGCGCCUGUGACGCUCGCAUUACCACUAAAUUACUGCCCCCCCCCCCCCUUUCAAAUUCCUGGAUUCGCGCCUGCUGUGAAAUAUGAUUUUGGCUCAAUAUGACAUAUUGAGUGACACCCUUCUUGGGACAUCUGUAUACAAAAUGUAUGUACAUACUAAAAGGUAUCAAAUUAUUUUUUACUGUUAUUUCGAUAGUGACAUGUUUUCCAAUGCUUGUUUGGAUUGUUUGUGACACGUAUUUAUUCAUAGUUAUUUCCCUUUGACUAAUAAAAAUCCUAAUAUUUUA